AUGGACGGUAACGCUGUGUUCAUGGUGAAGGUCGGUGGACAGAUUGAGUCGGCCAAGUUCACCGGAAUCGACGAUAUUUACUGCAAAUAUUCUUUUGUGCAUGGAACCGACUGGACCGUCGCUGGGGGCAUUGAGGAAGGAAUUUCUCAAAUGUGCAAAAAAAGCAAGGACCCUCGCGGGAUUUUCGUUUGGAAUUUUCCACUCGAUAUCACCUUCAAGAGCAGCAAUCCAUACGGGUGGCCACAACUGGCAGUCUCUGUGCACGGACAGGACUACUUCGGGAACGAUGUCAUCCGAGGCUACGGUGCAGCUCAUGUGCCUCCCAUAUCUGGAAUGCACCGGCGGUCGAUGUCCAUGUUUGUUCCCGAAUCCUCGUCACUUGUGCACAAACUGGUCGGUUGGAUGUCCGGAAGACGCCCAGAGUUUGUCGACCCCAAAAUGGUGGCACGUGGAGAGGGUCGUGAAGUGACAAGAAUGACGUCGGACGGAGUGGUGGACGUAAUUUUUCACGUCGUGACGAAAGACCUUAAAAAAUUUGGCUACAACGUCGGACACGCCGACGGGCAUGAACCACGGACCCUUGAAGUUGAACCGCCGUUCUGA